UCAAAACUGUGAAGAACACUUUCCACUUCUUACAUCGGCAAAGUAAAGCAAAAAGGAGAAUCUGAAUGGUUUUCGCAAUCAAUUUCUCUCAAAACCUCCUUUUCCGGAGGCCAUCAUCACAUGGGCAUGGCACUUUAGAGGUCAAGUGUUGCUCGCAGCCACAGAGCAAAGUAACCACAUCCCAUAUUCAAACAAAGAAACGCUGCUUGAGAUGCAACACCCUUUACUCAGAUCAAGAUAAUUCCUCUGUUUCUUGCUCUUUCCACGGCCAUACCAAUGGAGAGAAAGGUCUAUUUUCAUUUGCUCCACCACACCAAGGAAUUGAUGGGGAUUGGACUGAUAAAUCUGGAGUAAUUAUCUACAAAUGGAAUGAGAAGAAUAACAGGCCAAAUACUGGCCGCGCCAAUUGGAAGAAAAGAUGGAGCUGCUGUGCUGAGUAUGAUGAAAAUGCCCCACCCUGUAGACAGGGCUGGCAUGUUUCCUAUGAUGAUGGUUUCACUUUGUAUUAGCUACAAUUUCUGUUCUAGAGGAUACAUUUUUAUUUUUUAUUUUUUUUCUUUUGAUACUUUUAGCUAUGUUUUGCUUAGAAAUAUGGUUAAAAUCAAUUAGAUGUGCAGGUCAAGAUACAAAGUUAUGAAUUUGAUUUC